CUGACGGUUGCGCAUCAGGUUUCCUUUUCCUGGGUGUCGUGUUUUGCUUCUCGACACCUUUUGCGAUGACAGUGGGAGGGUUUCAUUCCAGCCUGCAGAUCUCUCGGGACGGAUUCGUGUUUUCCUUGAAAAGUUUGCGCCAUGGCCAAUACACUGAAGAGUCUGGUUUGCGAUGACAGCAGAUACCAGAAGUCCUUCCAGAUGUUCCGGGAGCGCUCUUCUGAGAACGAGUGCAUGCGGGAAUUCAUCCACAACGUGCUGAGACACGUACUGUCCAGCGUUGGGAAUGGAAAGUCUCAUUUGAACGUCAUUGGCCUCGGCAGCGGUUCUGGGGAGAUUGACCUAGAGAUGCUUUCCACGCUGCGUAUGAAGCAUCCAGGGGUGACGGUGGAUAAUGAGGUGGUGGAGCCCAGCAGCCAGCAGCUUCAUAACUAUAAAGUGUUGGUGUCAAAGAAUCGAGAUUUAGAUCACGUCAAGUUCACCUGGAACAAGAUGACGGCGUUAGAGUUUGAGGAGCACUGGAAGGAGAAGAAGACGACGACGAAGGCCGACUUCAUUCACAUGAUCCAGAUGCUGUACUACGUGAAGGAUCCUGAAGCUACCAUCGACUUCUUCCAGAGUCUCCUUGACAACAAUGGGAAGCUUCUGAUCAUCCUGGUUUCUGGGGAGAGUGGUUGGGGGAAACUGUGGAACACCUACAGACACUUAUACUGCAACAACGAAGUAAGUCAGUUUGUAACCACGGGAGACAUCAAACGCCUGCUGGACUCCAAGGGAGUGAGCUACCAGAGCUAUGAGCUGCCGUCUCAAAUGGACAUCACAGAGUGUUUCACUGAAGGGGACGAGCAGGGAGAGCUGCUGCUGGAUUUCCUCACUGAGGUGCUGGACUUCAGUAAGACGGCGCCGCCCGAGCUGAAGGAGGGCGUCCUGAAUCUGCUUCGCCACCCGGACUGUAGCACCGAGUCCGACGGCAAAGUUGUCUUCAACAACAACCUCGAAGCGAUCGUCAUAGAUCAGAAGUAGUGUAACGAAUGUGAAAGUUUACUAAUGACUGAUAAUGUGUUACAAACUACCGGUGAUGAUUGUGUGAAAUGAUGCAGUGUGUAAUCAGUCGUUCCUACUGUGCUGUAUUAACACACAGCAUUUUUUCAGAACCAUUAUUUCACAUUAUGUUCAAUAUAAUUUAUUGCUUCAGACACUGUUACAUACUAGUAUUUGUUUUACACUGUUUAGUUUUUAGAUUCCAACUGCAGUAACCUAACUGAAAAAUUCAGAGCAAUAAAGAUUCUGUAUUUUGUGUGUUUAUUUAUUAAUUUAUUUAUAAGUCGAAACCCUUUAUUUAUAUAAAUUUAUACAGUAUAUAUACUAUUAUUUACUGGUAUUUAUUUCUAUUAUUUAUUAUUUCUAUGUUAUAUAUAUUUAUUAUCACUGGUGACCUGUCCAGGGUGUACCCUGCCUCUCGCCUGUAGAUGGCUGGAACAAGCUCCAGCACCACCACGACCCCGCACGGGACUAAGCGGUAGAAGAUGGAUGGAUGGAUAUUUAUUAUCUUAUAUAAAUGAUAGAUGUAAUAGAGACAAAGUUAUAUAAAGUUAUAAAUACAGACUCAUGUUCAAUA